GGACUGAUCGGCAUGAAGAACCUUUCUGCAGGAAAUAUUUCAUUCAUAGACUUCAAACUGAAUGGUUUCUACAGCCUUGAAGAAUGGAGACCUUUUUUAUUUAUUCCUUACUUGCUGAUGUUUUUAUUGUCUAUCACAGCAAAUUCUAGUCUCAUAUGUUUAAUUAUAUCUCAAAAGUCUCUGCAUUCUCCUAUGUAUGUACUAAUAGGUUUAUUGUCUGUUGUAGACUUGAUUUUGCCUAUAUUUUUUGUACCUAACAUGCUUCUUAGCUUUUUAUUCAAUUGGAGUGGGAUAUCUCUAACUGGUUGCUUGGUACAAAUGUUUUGUAUUUAUUAUGUUGGCUCAUUUCAAUCUACCUUGAUUUUGUGGAUGGCACUGGACCGCUACUUUGCGAUAUUCAAACCACUUUAUUAUCAUAAAUACAUGGAAAUCACUAACUUUCUAAAGUUUCUUAUUGUCCCAUUUAUCAGAAAUGGACUCCUGAAUAUCACCAUGGUCUCUCUGGCUGGAAAACUUUCAUUUUGUUUAACAAAUGUGAUCGAUCACUGUUUUUGUGAACACAUGGCAUUGGUUCAGUUAGCAUGUGGAGAUAUAUCUAUUAAUAACAUGGUAGGACUUUUGACUGUUUUCCUUAUACCAAGUGCAGAUUUUAUUGUCGUUUCUGUUUCUUAUUUUGUGAUUUUCGCCUCUUUGUUUAAAUCUGGUAAUGCCCACAUGAAGACCAUAAACACCUGCAUUACUCACAUCAUUGUAAUGGCAAGUGAUUUAAUUUUUGCCCUGAUGGCAUUUAUGUCAUACAGAACAAGAAAUAAUUUUUCUCCCAGCAGUCGUGUAUUUUUGAGCACAAUGUACUUACUUUUUCCAAGUUGUUUUAAUCCAAUUGUUUAUGGAGUGAGAACAAAGGAAAUAAGACAAAGGUUUAUUCAGUUUAUAAGUAAAGGAAAAGUCUUUUCAUCAUAA